AUGUCGUCUAUGCUCUUCCUCUGCGUGACGACGCUCCUAUGCUUGAUCCAAUUGAUCUCUGCAUCCAAUGUGAUCGUUCUAACCAGUGCUGACUUUGAGGCCAAGACGCAAGCCGGUUCAGGUGCAACAACCGGUGAUUGGCUCGUGGAAUUCUAUGCUCCUUGGUGUGGUCACUGCAAGAAAUUGGCGCCUAUUUACGAACAAGUCGCGGACGAGCUUAAGGGUCAAGUAAACGUGGCCAAAGUGGACGUGACGGACAAUGCUGAACUUGGUAAACGCUUUGGUAUCCGUGGUUUUCCUACUGUAUUGCUCUUUAGCCAUGGCAAGUCGUAUAAAUUUGGAGGCAAACGAACACUUGAAGAGUUUUUGGUCUUUGCCCGUGGAGGUUUCAAGAAUGUUGCAGGUGAAGUAGUGACUGCUUCUCCCGGUCUCUUGGAUUUUGCUAUUGAGCAGAUGUUGCAUGUUAAGAGUGACUUUAUGACGCUACUGGAGACCAAGAAGAAUGUACUACUUGUGACGUUCUCGGGUGGAUUACUGCUUGGUUUAUUGCUUGGCUGCAUGUGUGGCUGCUGCACGAGCCGUGGUGGUAAGAUUCCUAAGAGUAAGAGAGAGUAG